CGUUGGUUCGUAGUGUUUGUCGGACGUGUUUUCUUGUGGCACCAGCAAGUAAGAUUGCAUUUCAGAUGGUUAUUUUCGUGACGUCGCUAGUGCAUUCACUAUCCCGUGAGUACAGCUAAGUCGUGAAAUGUGAAGAAACUAUUGCUCAGCAGAUUACUUCGCUGUGAUGCAACGGGCAAUGUGAGACGGAGAAAUUUUUUCCUAUAUGAUCCCAGAAGGUCCCCCAGAGAAAGGAAAGAUUUUUUCUUGUUGCUUUUCUUUCGCCUGAAUCGGAUAUGAGGCUGUGUUAGUGUGAGUGGAGCUCAUUCGUAGUCGGAGCAACGACGUUUUGCUUUCGGGAGGAAGAAGAAAAUUAAUGAAAACGUUCUCAUUUUGUUACUGUUUUGUCGGACUGCAGUGUUGACAGAUAAAUGGGACAUCAGUGGCCAACCUAUGAAAUUUAUUGAAGUACCGGUUGUCGGACUGAAAUGGGCUGAUGGUUUCGAUAGUCUGGCAGCACUAGCAAAAGUCAGACAGUGGUACUUGGCUGCUGACGGAUAGCGAAAAACAGCAGUUUGGUGUGGUGCCGAAGAGGAAGUGAAGUGAACAUAGUUUCGGAAAGUUUAGCAAAAAUAAGUGCAGAAAAAUAUGAUUCGUUCACCAGCAGAAGCCACCUGAAAUAAGGACGUCGAUGAAGUGAUAACGGAAUUCACUGUGCAGAACUGGAAAAUUUCUCUAAUCCUACAAGUGUAGUGAGUUUGUCUUGAAGAAAAAUAGAUCACGGUGAAAACAAAGAGAAUUUAAUCCAGCGGAAAAAGUGGAUUUCGUUCGACAUCGAUAAAGUUGGAAAUUUGACGAAGUAGCGCUUUGUGGAGUAGGUGAAGAUAAAUGUGUUGAGAGGUGAAUACUGGGCAUAGGAAAUGGCGUGUUUGAACACAUUGAAACUCGAGAUAAAGACGCUGGAGCAGAUAUUUACGAAGAAUCACGAAAGGUUCCAGAUCCUGACCGCAUCGGUGGAUGAGCUAAGUUGUCGUUUCAUCGGUCGCAACGGAAAGCAGUACGACAUCCAUGCUAAUAUUACGGAAACCUACCCUUCAACACCUCCAGUAUGGUUUGCCGAAAGCGAAGAAACCAGUAUAACGAAUGCUGUACAAAUACUUACAAACACCCGUGGCCACGAUAAUCAUGUUAUAAAUCAGGUCGACAUACUAUUACGUGAACUCUGCCGGUUGCACACAGUUCCGCUACCUCCCGAUUUGGAUAAUCUAAGGAUACCGUUCCAACCUCACGCGCCCGGCACUCCCUCACCCCAUCAGGCGGCCCUCCAGGGGGCUCGCCAAUUGCACCAGCAACAACAACAGAUCGACGAGAUCGAUUCGGACUGUGAUGACAUCGAGGAUGUGGUGGGCGAAAGCGAUCAGGAAAGCGAAGGCGAGGAGGACCUUCCGCUGGAAAUGGACGACGGUCGAAAUCCUUCCAAGAAAGACGAGAUGGAAGUGGAACAUUUAGCGACGCUAGAGAGAUUACGGCAAACUCAGCGACAGGAUUAUUUGAAAGGCUCGGUAUCCGGUUCGGUUCAGGCGACCGAUCGACUGAUGAAGGAACUGCGGGACAUCUACCGUUCCGAUUCGUUCAAGAGCAACAUGUACUCGAUAGAACUGGUCAAUGAUUCAAUCUACGAAUGGAACAUUCGACUGAUGUCCGUCGAUCCGGACAGUCCGCUGCACAACGAUCUCGUGCUGCUGAAGGAAAAGGAAGGCAAGGACAGCAUUCUGCUCAACAUAAUGUUCAAGGAAACUUAUCCGUUCGAGCCUCCGUUCGUCCGUGUUGUGCAUCCGAUCAUUUCCGGCGGCUAUGUCUUAGUGGGAGGUGCAAUCUGCAUGGAAUUACUCACCAAACAAGGCUGGAGCUCCGCGUACACAGUGGAAGCCGUUAUAAUGCAGAUAGCGGCCACGCUAGUCAAGGGCAAGGCAAGAAUACAAUUCGGUGCAACAAAGUCUCUUACCCAGGGCCAGUAUAGUUUGGCGCGAGCGCAGCAGAGCUUCAAAUCGUUGGUACAGAUUCACGAGAAGAACGGUUGGUUUACGCCGCCUAAGGAAGACGGAUAAGUAGUCGGUAGGCCAACCCACGAACAACACUUCCGUUUCUUUUACUUACCUACGUUCAACGUCGCCGUCGCCGUUGCCACCGCGUUGUUGGUUUUCAACCGACUCCAUCGCGCUUUGCAGCAACAACGACUAAAUCAGCAGUAAUUUUUCGUUUAUAGUGUGUAGAGGAUAGAGAGAUUGAGUUCAACAGUAAGGGAGAGAAUACAACAGAAGCUGAACGUCCAAACAGCACGGCUUUAUUGUAGCUUUAUUUUCCGUUUUUUUUUCUAGAGUGAUGAUUUGAGAGUAAUUUUCAGUAUAAUACGUACGCGAGUAAAUGCUAUAAGAAAAGAGUGAGAGGUAGACAUGGAUGAGAGUAAACAAUAGUAGAAUAUAUUAGAAAUCGAGUGUUCGUUUGAAACAAAGAAAUGGAAAACAGCGAUUAUGUGAGAAUAAUGCACACACUGAAGGAAUAGUGAUAAAAAAAGCUAUUCAAUACGUUCUCGUGCGAUGACGAUAUCUUAAACAGACAAACAAACAAGCAAAAAAAAAUAGAAAUAAACCAGCAAUUGCUUCUUUCUGUGAAUAUCAGGAGCCAACCAAAAACAAACAACAACAAAAA